AUGUCAUUCGCGAUCACUCUCCGCCAAGGACCUGCGCGCCUGGCAUCCAGGUUGCCAAAAAUCUCUAAAUCCUCUCUUCGAACCGUAGUUCCCGCCCGAGCUUUCCAUCAGUCCGCCACCAGACCAUCCAACUUCUUCACAUCGCGUACGACACUCGUAUCAACGCUAUCGCGGACGACGCCGAAAAAUGCAUUUACGAAAUCGUCAAGAACCUACAUACAACAGCCUGCUGCCCCCGCGACCGACUCUGGCUCGACGAUCCGCCGACUGUUAACCGGUGGCGCAAUCUUCGGUGGUACUCUCAUCGCAAUCAACGCCGUUUUCAACCGCGAGACCCGAGAGGAUGGCGGUAUGCCACCGUUCGAGCGAUCUUACCUUAAUCAGACCUUCCUUCACACUGGCCUUGGCAUCGGCAUCAUCGGUAUCACGGCGCGGCAGAUGAUUCAGAGCGGUUUCGUUUAUAGAAUAAUGGUAACGAGCCCGUGGGUUGUAGCUAUUGGAGGUCUAGCUCUCAGCUUUGGUACCAUGCUUGGAACUCGAGCUAUCGACCCUGAUAACUACGUACCCAAGUACGCCCUCUGGACCGCGUUCAAUGCUACUCAGGCUGCCUUCAUCGCCCCUCUUAUCGCUUUCGCUCCCGGUGCUCUGAUCGCUCGCGCCGGUCUCUAUACUGUCGCGAUGAUGGGAUCCAUCUCGUUCGUGGGUGCUACCGCUAAACAAGAGAAGUACAUGUACAUUGGUGGCCCUCUCCUUGCCGGAGCUGCAAUCGUUGCCGUUUCGGGUCUUGCCCCGCUUGUCCUACCAGUUACAGCCGUCCGAACAUUAGCAAUUACGGAGAAUCUUUGGCUGUACGGUGGUCUAGCAGUCUUUGGUGGCUUCACGCUAUACGAUGUGCAAAAGAUCCUCUACCACUCCCGUUUGGCUGAGCAGGGUAUCAUAAAGAAGGACCCAGUCAACGAGAGCAUUUCGCUCGAGUUGGACUUCUUGAACAUUUUCAUCAGGAUGGUUCAGAUCUUGAUGAUGCAGCAGAACCGCAGGAAAUAA